AUGUCCGGAAAAACGAAGGAGCUCCUGCAAAUGGACCUGUACGGUUUACUGGGAGUAGAGAGCACAGCGACAUCUAAAGAGCUUAAGAAAGCAUACAGACAGAAGGCCCUGACAUGCCAUCCAGACAAGAACCCAGACAACCCAAAAGCAGUGGAACUCUUCCACCAGUUGUCUGAGGCUCUCGAGGUUUUGACUGAUGCUGCUGCCAGGGCUGCAUAUGAUAAAAUCCGUGCUGCAAAAAAACGAGCGGAGGAAAGAACUCGGAAACUUGAUGAUAAGAGGAAGAAAAUUAAACUUGACUUGGAGGCAAGAGAGCAACAAGCUGAAGACAACAGGCAAGAUGAAGUGCAGAUGACCAGGACGCUUGAGGAAGAGAUUGCCCGUUUGAGAGAAGAGGGUUCCAGGCAAUUGGAGGAGGAACAAAGGCUUAUCAGAGAACAAAUUCAGAAGGAAAGAGAUGCUCUGAAUCCACAGUCGGGAGUCGUCAGAUGUUCCCAAGUCACUCCAAAACUAAAGCUCAAGUGGAAGUGUAAAAAAGACGAUGAGACGAACGGGGGCUACUCUCAGGAUCUACUGAUGAGGCUUCUUCAAAAGUACGGUGAUGUCUUGAAUCUCAUCAUGUCGAGUAAGAAGAACGGAAGUGCUGUGGCUGAAUUUGCGUCAGUUAGAGCGGCGGAGCUGGCAGUGAAGAACGAGGGUGGCCUGAGUGAAAACCCAGUGAAGAUCUCAUGGCUUGAAGGAGAACCAGUGCCUGCUCCUCAGAUGGACCAGUUUAUGUCAACACAGAGCGCCCUGACAAAGGAACGCGACUACGAAAGCGUCGUGAUGAUGAAAAUGAGACAAGCAGCAGAGCGACAGAAACUCAUCGAACAAAUGCAGAGAGAGGACGAGGAAGCAGCCAAUUCAUAA